AUGUCAUCCGCUGCAUUCUCGUUCUACGGCAUCCUUGGAAACUCUCCUUUGAGGUGCUACUCCUCCGACGGGUGCACUGCUUCCCCACAGAUUCUCCCUGGGGCUGCCACGCUGCGGCAAGCGCUCAUCCGGCAGUCGAAGGGCACAGAAUCUUUAGGCCCUUAUGCUUGCUGCCGCCGUAUCGAGGCUGUUCUGAUCUCUGGUGACUUCAUUCUGACUGUCACAUCACUGACUGUCACAUCACUGACUAUCACGGUAAGUCCCCGGGCUGAGCCACGCCGAGCCCAGGGUGGUGCAUAGGUGGUCUUGAAGCUCAUUGACCGGAUAUCAACCUGCUCCUCUCCGCCUUGUGCACGGCGAUCAGUCCUUCCGCUCAGUCUGUCACCAAAUCUAAGAGCUACUGGUCAGCCUUGUUAUUGCCCAACUCAUCACUGGUGUAUGUCACCUUGGCAAGCGGCAUUCAAGACGGUGACUGUGGCCGGCUCUCACAGGCAGGGUCAGAGCGAAGCGUAGAGCGGUGAUUGGGUCACUGCGCACUCUCUUGUAAUUGUAUUGAUUUCGCUCAUGUUGUCGUGCAGACGUUUGCGUGCAUCUUUUUACUGUUCGCGCUCUCUUUCGACAGGGCCAAGGGACCGUGA